AUGGAAUGGAUGAGACUGACGAGAGACGCGUCCAGGUACCUCCUCGAGCACGGUUUGAAGGCUGAUGGCCGUCUCGACCCCGAGGCCACUGAUAUCGGCGAGCCAGGCUCCUUCGAGACUUUCUUCACUGAGACUAGAGACAACAAAUAUGUCCCUCGUUCCAUCUUCGUCGACCUUGACCCUUCUCCAAUUGACGAGAUCCGAACUGGUCCUUACCGCCAGCUCUUCCACCCUGAGAUGUUGAUCAGCGGAAAGGAGGAUGCCGCUAACAACUAUGCUCGUGGUCACUACACCAUCGGAAAGGAGCUCGUCGACAAUGUCAUUGACCGCAUUCGUCGUGUUGCUGACAACUGCUCUGCUCUCCAGGGCUUCUUGAUCUUCCACUCCUUCGGUGGUGGUACUGGUUCUGGUUUCGGUGCUCUCCUCCUUGAGCGUCUCUCCACCGACUACGGAAAGAAGUCCAAGCUGGAAUUCGCCGUCUACCCAGCUCCCCGUGUCUCUACCGCCGUUGUUGAGCCAUACAACGCCGUUCUCUCCACUCACAGCACCAUUGAGAACUCUGACUGUACCUUCUUGGUCGACAACGAGGCAGUCUACGACAUCUGCCACCGUAACCUCGACAUCCCUCGUCCAGGAUACGAGCAUCUUAACCGUUUGAUCGCUCAGGUUGUCAGCUCCAUCACCUCCUCUCUCCGAUUCGAUGGUGCUCUCAACGUCGAUCUCAACGAGUUCCAGACCAACUUGGUGCCAUACCCACGUAUCCACUACCCAUUGAUCAGCUACGCUCCUGUUGUCUCCAGCAACCGAAGCUCCCACGAGUCCUUCAAGGUCCAUGACCUUACCUUCCAAUGCUUCGAGCCAAACAACCAGAUGGUCGUUUGUGACCCACGCAACGGAAAGUACAUGGCUGUUGCCCUUCUGUACCGUGGUGAUGUUGUCCCACGCGACUGCACUGCUGCUGUUGCCGCUCUCAAGUCCAAGGCCUCCUUCAACCUUGUUGAAUGGUGCCCAACUGGAUUCAAGCUCGGAAUCAACUACCAGAAGCCAAUGCGUGUUCCUGGUGGCGAGCUUGCUCCCGUCGACCGCUCCCUUAGCAUGCUGUCCAACACCACCGCCAUUGCCGAGGCCUGGAACCGUCUCGACCACAAGUUCGACCUCAUGUACUCCAAGCGUGCCUUCGUUCACUGGUACGUUGGUGAGGGUAUGGAGGAAGGUGAAUUCUCUGAGGCCCGUGAGGAUCUCGCUGCUUUGGAGAAGGAUUACGAGGAAGUUGCCAGCGACAGCUUGGACACUGAGGGUGAUGAGGGUGCCGAAUACUAG